UGUCGGCUCGAGGACAAUGCUUUGGAUGGCUAUGCACAGCACAGCCAGCCAGAGCAGUGUCCUUACAGUGAACUACCAACACACCCACACACAGUUAACCCUUUGAUCGCCCCUCAUGUUAAUCCCUUCCUGUCCAGUUCCAUUAAUACAGUGUCAGUGCUUUUUUUUUUUAGCACUGAUCACUGUAUUGGUGUCACUGGGGAUGUCAGUGACACCAAGUCAGUUCCCCCCAGUAUAAGAAUGCCUGCCGCAGUCCUUCUAAAGGUCACUGAUUGCCACCAUUAUUAAUAAAAAAAAAAAUUCCAGUAUCUAUACUGCCAUUUGUAAAUACUAUAGCUUUCACGUAAACCAAUUAAUUU